UUUGUAGGUAGCUCAUGCCAGGAGUACCCCUACUAGUCAUGUCCCGCUGUGGAAAAUUUGUACAGAGAGGCAUUCCUCUUGUCAUAAGGAGGCUCAGAUAUUUUCAAAAUCCUGAUUAUGGGGCCCAGUUAAUCAAACCUUGUGCAUUUGGUAUAAAAAACUAUAGUGUGAGGGUGUUGAGUGAUGGCUGCUUAGGCUCACCUCAAGCAAAUAGAUCUAUGCCCUCCUGCAACAUUCAUCUGAGCCCCCACCUGGCUGCAAAAGGGAAAGACAAAGGAAAAGAUGGAAAAGGCAAGAAGACAAUUGCCAUUAGUGAAGAAGAGAUGAGUUCUGUCAUAGAUGUUGAUAGAUACAAGAAAGCCCUAUCACAGACUUUAGAUGCAAUGAAGCACAGUUAUGUUGAGCAGGUAUCUCUACGGACAUCAAUUGGUAGCAUUGAGUCUUUGACUGUGGAGUUGGAAGGAGAUACAUUUCCACUGAGUGAAGUUGCUCAGUUAGUGAAGAAGAGCCCACAGUUGUACAUCAUCAAUGUCUCCAGCUUCCCACAAGCUGCUCCAAGUGUCAUGAAGGCCAUUCAAGAGUCAGGGAUGAAUCUCAAUGCUCAGCAAGAGGGGACCACAAUAUAUCUGCCAGUUCCAAAGGUUACAAAAGAGCACAGAGAAAGACUUGCAAAGAAUGCAAAAAUCAUGUUUAAUAAGUGCAAGGAGGACAUACGAAACAUCCAAAAUCGCUAUGUCAAAGAUAGCAAGAAAAAAGGUGAUGAGGUUUCAGAAGAUGUUGUUUUCAGUGUUCAAAACCAGAUCAUGGCUAUGGCUGAGAAGUAUGCAGACAUAGCAGAAGAAUUGUACCAUUCAAAAGUAGAGGAACUCCUGAAUCCAAAGAUGUGAUGUUAUGGUCUCCAUGUCUUAUUUAAGGCAAGUUCGAUUCACUUUCAAGACUUUCUCUCUUGUGAUUGUGUACUGAUUUGUGG